GCCGGGAAUAAGAGAGGGAAUAUAAGUGAAGAUGAAGAGGAUUUGAUCGUACGGCUACACGGCCUUCUCGGAAAUCGAUGGUCCUUAAUCGCCGGCAGAUUGCCAGGUCGAACUGACAAUGAGAUCAAGAAUCACUGGAAUACACACCUCCUUAAGAAACUCAGAAACUCCGGCCUCCACGUCAGCACUCUUAGAGAUUCCAUCAAAUCUGCCGCCAAACCCAAGAAAUCCGCCGCCGGAGCCGUCGCCGGAAAGAAGAAAAAGAAGCAGAAGAAGGUAGUAGAUGUUGAGGAAAAAAUCGGUAAUAGCGAGAAAGCGUUGACUGUUGACCAAGAGAAGGUGUCAAAUAAAAGUGAAGAUAUUAAUAUUAAUAUUAAUAUUAAUAAUAAUAAUCCGGCGAAGAUUAAGGUGUAUUUGCCGAAGCCGAUGAGGGUUUCGCCGGGGUUUUCGAGGACGAGCAGCUACGACAGCUUGGUCAGUGGGGCGUCGAACAGCGACGGCGGCGGAGAGGCGGCGGCGCCGGAGAAGGAGGAGGCGGCGGCGGGGGAUGGGGUUUCGUACAUGCCGGUGGCGUGGCCGCCGCUGUUCGAGAUGGAGUACGCGAAUUACUACGGCGGCGACGGAGGAGAGGAGGAUGAUUUUAUUAUGGGCGGCGGCGGCGGCGGUGGUGGGUUCUUUCUGCCGUUGCUCCACCACUCCGGCGAUUCAAUAUCUAGUGAUGUAAACAUGCUAGAGAAAGUCUACGACGAGUAUGUGCAGCUUCUCUAGACCAAGAAUAAAUAAAUCAAUAAAUAAAUAAAUAAAUCAAAACAAAAAAUGUUUGAGUUUAAUUUUUUUUACUGUUUUACCCUUAUUUUCUUGCUUUUUUGUUUAUGUAUCACCUUUUUAUUUAACUAUUGUGGGAAAAAAUGAGGAAGUCAGAUGUUACACCG